AAAAUGAAAACUCAUGAUACAGAUGAUGAUGAUGUCUUUGUUGUUGAAAUGGAUCAUUAUGUUGUUAAAAUAUCUCUCAAUAAAUAUAAAGAAUCCAUUGCAAAUUUAGACAAAUGCGAAGGAAUUCUUAUUGAAUUGAAUAAACAGCUAGAGAGCAAACCAAAUAAUAAUAUUACCUUUAAAAAUAUUUAUUGCUUGACAG